ACGCUAUUAUCCAACAUGACUUUGCAAAAUAGUUCAAAUGCACCUUUAAUAUAUAAUAUUUAUUUCCCGCUGAGACAACUCCAUAAGCAACAGUGCCUCAAAGACAGGCAAGAAACAGCGUCCAUGUUGGUGGGCGGGCCUUUCUUGACUUCCGGCAGGUUGCUAGGGAACGAAAGAGACGCGGAUUCUGAUGUUGACGCUCAUCAAGCUGCAGCAGUGAUCACAAAGAUAACUAUGGAUUCUGAAUACAUAAAGCAAUGUUUAGGGAAGUGUUUGUCUGAAGGAUUGGCGGAAGUGGCAGAAAAAAGACCAAUGGAUCCUAUUGAGUAUCUAGCUCGCUGGAUAUACAAGUACAGGAACAAUUUAGAUGAGUAUGAAAAGAGAAAGCUUGAAAAGGAAGAAUUAGAGAGAGAGAAAGAAGCAGCACGUCAGGAACUCGAGACAAUUGAAAAACUAAAGCAAGAAGAGAUGCUUAUUCAGUUGAAAAUUGCAGAACAUAAUAAACAAAUUUCAGAGGAGUAUACACGGAAGACAAUUGCAGAACUGACAGAUAAGUUUGGGGCACCAAAUCUGCCAACUGUCGAGGAGACUGAUGAAAAUUUGGCAGGGGCUGGUGUUAAACCAAAAGAUCCAGAGAUACCCUCAGGGAUUGAGGACACUGAUGAUAUGCCCACAAAAGAACCUUCCAUGAAAGAAACCAUAGAAGACAUUUCUGAAACUCAAAAAACAGAAGAAUCUAGCUUGGAUGCAGCUGUUGGAAUGGAGGCGAAGUUAGAAGAAAGUGCAGUUUCUAUGAAGGACACAGAUGCUGGACAGAAUUCAGAACUAUCAUCUGAUAACACAGCGAAAUCUGAUUUGGGAGAGAUUGUUAACGAGCAAUAAAGAUAGCCUGCUGCUGAACGAGAGAGUGGAUGUGCCACAAUACUUUUGUGAUGCAGAAUGAUAUUCCACCCCCCAAAAGUCCCAGAGCAUUUAUUUUACCCUAGUACUUCUCUUAUUCUUAUCCUGUGAAAAGCUGUAUGACUUCAAUAAAGAGCUUGAUCUAAAUGAGCUUGAUCUAAAAGAGUAAUAAGGUCUCCGCACUCCAAGACUUACAUUAAAAAAUAUAGAUCUUUAAUAUGACGGUAUGAAAACAAACAGCAUCAUCACAUGCCUGACGCGUUUUGGGUGCACCCACCCUUAAUUUUAGUCAUUUUAAGACCAAGGUAGAGUGUCUUAUAUAUACAAUUUAAGCAACAGCGACCUCUAGGAACAAACCAAGUGAGAUGCAAUAUAAAAUAUAUGAAAACCUAAGCUUAGGAAUUUAGCCUAAAAAUGAUAUAAAUUUUUUAAUGUAAGUCUUGAAGUGCGGAGACCUUGUUUCUUUUUUUCCCCUCUGGAUUAAUACAGUUAUGAGCGUUUGGAGGAGACCAGACCUGACCUUCUGAACAGGACAGUUUUGCAUACUGCAUUUCCACAUGGUGAGUUUGAGUGGCGGUGAUUUCUUCCUUUUGAUUUUGAAUGCCAUGGUUCUUCCACAACAGUAAAAAUGCCCAAUUUGCCAUUAGCCUAUCAAAAUAAUUUAGCAAAGUUACUGAACUAAAGCUUGGUAAAGCAGAGAAUUGAGCAAAGUUACUAAAAUAAAGCUUUAUAAAGCAGAAGAUCGAACACCAUGGUACUUAUAAAAUGUGUAAUUUUGUGAACUCUGGCUAUAUGGAUAUAUUUAGUAACCAAAAUCUGCCUGGCACUAACAAGAACAUUAAAAAGAAAAACACUAUAAAUA